CGGGCUAGCUGCGAGAGUAACGGCUUGCCCGAGCGCUGUCCCUGCAGGGUGGCAGUUCUUGGGUCUUGGUGACGGCGCAGGUGCAGGGUUGGAGCAGGCGUCAGAGGCUGAGCGGCGGGAUGAUGGAGGAGGAGGAACUGGAGUUUGUGGAGGAGCUGGAGGCGGUGCUGCAGCUCACUCCAGAGGUGCAGCUAGCCAUCGAGCAGCCAAAGAAGCCCAGAGCCCCCGAUAACCCGUUUCACGGCAUCGUCUCCAAGUGUUUCGAGCCUCACCUCUACGUGUACAUUGAGUCCCAGGACAAAAACCUCAGCGAGCUGAUAGACCGGUUUGUGGCUGACUUCAAAGCGCAGGGCCCACCCAAGCCCAACACUGAGGAGGGGGGGGCCGUGCUCCCCAGCUGCGCGGACCUCUUCGUCUACUACAAAAGGUGCAUGGUGCAGUGCUCGCAGCUCAGCACGGGCGAGCCCAUGAUCGCCCUGACCACUAUCUUCCAGAAGUACCUCCGAGAAUACGCCUGGAAAAUCCUCUCUGGCAACCUGCCUAAAACCAGCAGCAGCAGCGGGGGCCUGACUAUCAGCAGCCUCCUCAAAGAGAAGGAGGGCUCGGAAGUGGCCAGGUUCACUCUGGAGGAGCUGUGCCUCAUCUGCAGCAUCCUGAGCACAGCGGAGUACUGCCUGGCCACCACCCAGCAGCUAGAAGAAAAACUCAAAGAAAAGGUUGACGUGAGUCUGACUGAACGCAUUAAUCUCACAGGAGAAAUGGACACAUUCAGCACUGUCAUCUCCAGCAGCAUCCAGCUGUUGGUUCAGGAUCUGGAUGCAGCCUGUGAUCCUGCCCUGAUCGCCAUGAGCAAGAUGCCGUGGCAGAACGUGGAACAUGUUGGUGACCAGAGCCCUUAUGUCACUUCUGUUAUCCUUCACAUUAAGCAGAACGUCCCCAUCAUCCGUGACAACCUGGCUUCCACACGGAAAUACUUCACGCAGUUCUGCAUUAAAUUUGCAAACUCGUUCAUUCCCAAAUUCAUCACCCAUCUCUUCAAGUGCAAGCCAAUCAGCAUGGUGGGAGCAGAGCAGCUGCUGCUGGACACCCACUCCCUGAAGAUGGUCCUGCUCGAUCUCCCCUCCAUUGGCUCUCAGGUGGUGAGGAAGGCCCCUGCCAGUUACACCAAGAUUGUCGUGAAAGGCAUGACCCGGGCUGAAAUGAUCCUCAAGGUGGUGAUGGCCCCUCAUGAACCAUUGGUGGUAUUUGUUGACAACUAUAUCAAACUCCUUACAGACUGCAACACAGAAACCUUCCAGAAAAUACUGGAUAUGAAGGGGCUGAAGAGGAGCGAGCAGAGCAGCAUGCUGGAACUUCUGCGACAGAGGCUCCCUGCUCCGCCCUCAGGGACAGAAGGUUCCAGCACACUGUCCCUGAUGGCCCCAACACCAGAGCAGGAAUCCUCACGCAUCCGCAAGCUGGAGAAGCUGAUUAAAAAGAGACUGUAAGGAACAUGCAGACCUUGCCAGGAACCCUGAGCGACUCAUUUCUGGACACGCUCAUCCUCAUGGCCAGGUCCUAAGUCUUGAAGCCUCUGAGGACAUGACGGUUAUUAAAGUAUCUCUCCCAUA